CUAGGUGUGCGUCCAAUUUCACAAACCCCACACCUCACUCAUCAUCAUCAUCAUCAUAUAUACCACCAAACACAUCUCUAAGUUUCUGCUCUUUGUCUUUCCUUCUUUCUUUCUUUAAAGCCCCUCUCAAAGACACACAUUUUGGUUUUGUGCUGCUAAGAAGGGGAAAAUGGGAAGGAAGUGCUCACAUUGUGGAAACAUAGGGCAUAAUUCCAGGACCUGUGCAUUUUUCAGAGCAACUUUUGUAGGAGUUCGCCUCUUCGGGGUUCAACUAGACAUAUCAAAUUCUAAUUCUUCUCUCACCAUCAAGAAAAGCUUUAGCAUGGAUUCCUUGCCCUCAUCAUCCUCUCCAUCGUCCUCAUUUUCUUCCUCAAGAAUAUCCUCCAUUGAUGACCUUUCUGACAAAAACUCUAUUGGCUAUUUAUCAGAUUCAGAUGGCCUCAUUGUUCGACCACAAGACAGGAAGAAAGGAGUACCAUGGACAGAAGAAGAGCACCGAACAUUCCUUGUUGGCCUUGAGAAGCUGGGAAAAGGUGACUGGAGGGGAAUCUCUAGAAACUAUGUGACUACAAGAACUCCAACACAAGUGGCUAGCCAUGCUCAGAAGUACUUUAUUCGGCUUGCAACCAUGAAUAAGAAAAAGAGACGUUCAAGUCUUUUUGACUUGGCUGGUUUUAGCAACACAAAUCAAAUUAACAGCUCUAACUGCAAAUCAGGUGAUUUAGUUUCUACAAAAUCCAAAUGUGAAACUCAUGAGAACGAUGUCACCUUGUCACUUCUUCAACUAGAAACCAAAUCAGAUGAGAAGAAAGACAAUGAUAAUUAUUGUCAAGCUCAACCAACUGCAGAACAUGCGAUGUGGCUUCAUUCUCAGGUGAAAUCUUCGAAUAAUAAUGCAGCAGUUGUUCCUGAUCUGGAACUCACUCUUGCAGUGUCCAAAGGCAAGAAUAAGGCCCUGGAACAAACUAAAUCAUCCCCAGAUUCCUUCCUUCUUGGCCCAAUUAGCGUGACUUGAACUGUGAAGGGUUGCACCCCCUUUAUUUGUUGUCAAGUACUAUCAAUCAAAGAAAACACAUUUUUCUUGUUGGUGUUAA